UCAAGCAGGAGAGUAAGAAACUGGGUUUAUAAUGGCAAACGAGUGAAAUUGUUUGAACGUUGAAUGCUUAAUAUUUAACAGUUUUGUGUCUUAAAUGAGGUGUAUUGGAAAUGUGUAGGCAUUUAGUGAUUGGAGCAUACAAACUAAAGGAGCAACUCAUCUGAACCCUUGGAGUCUUGAAUAUUUGGUUCCUUGUUCUUCAACAGCCCCAGUGUUCAUAAGGGAGAUGUAUUACCAUUUGAGGUUCAACCAAAAUUUGAAAUGACAAAAGGUGACUACCAAGAUACAGGAUGAGGGAGUUUAAAGUUGUUGUUCUGGGAAGCGGGGGAGUUGGGAAGAGUGCUCUCACAGUUCAGUUUGUAUCAGGAUCAUUCAUGGAGAAGUAUGAUCCCACAAUAGAAGAUUUUUACCGAAAAGAAAUUGAGGUGGACUCUGCACCUUGUGUUUUGGAAAUUCUAGACACUGCUGGUACCGAACAGUUUGCCUCCAUGCGAGAUUUAUACAUCAAAAAUGGACAGGGGUUUGUUGUUGUGUACAGCAUCACGAGCCAUCAAACAUUUCAAGACAUUAAGAACAUGAAGGAACAAAUUAUGAGAGUAAAGAAUCUGGAACGUGUUCCAGUGAUUCUUGUUGGAAAUAAAGUAGAUCUUGAACAGCAACGAGAGGUAAGCAGCAUGGAAGGAAUGUCUCUAGCCCAACUUUGGGGAUGUCCUUUUAUGGAAGCUUCUGCCAAAAACAAAUGCAAUGUGAAUGAAAUGUUUGCUGAAAUUGUUCGUGAGAUGAACUUUAUUUCUGAACCAGAAAGACCCAGUCAUUGUUGUGUGGUUCUCUGAUGCAGGAAAAAUGAAUGGAUGGCUUGGAAGAUGUUUACAGGAAGAAAACUGAGCUGUGCCUUCCAUUAGGGUCUGAACCAACCAGAAUUUGACAUAGAUAGUUUCUGUGCAAUAAUUUCAUUGCUCCUAAGAUUGCUGCUGAUGUUUGAAAGAUCUCUGUAGUCCUUUUUUUCUUUUUCACAUGUUCACUUCCUAAAGUCAGCAUCUUCUCAGAACACGUGCUAUGCUUCAUGUCUGUGUGUAUUAAAACAUCAAUGUGGAUGCAUAUUGUAUAAAAAAAAUUUCAAGCAAAACAUUAGUGAGAUUUUUUCUAGCCAAAUAUCCAAUUCAAGAAAUUAAGAAUGAGUUUUGGAGCCCAAAGAAAUCUUAGAAUGAAUUAAGGAAACUUGUUGUACCUUAAAAGCUGUUUUAGACAGUAUAAGGUGCUGAUUUUUAUAGACAUUGUUUUUGAAAUGAAAAUUUAUAAUUUAUGAGGAUUAUUCAAAGAUUAUUAUGGAGCUUUCUGAAAACACAAGUCUAUCGACCAUUCCUCAGCUGAAGAAUGCCAUUACAGUAGCAUUUCAGGCUAUUCCUGGGGAGUUAAGUGCUGGCAAGUUCUAAUUUUGUAGCAUGACAUUGUGCAUGGAUUUUUUUGGUUGAUUCAUGAUGACCUGGUUUUGGAAAUCUGUAAAUACCCGUAAUGUAGAAUGGAUUUGUAGUUUCCAGACAAGAUUAAGCCAAAAAUAAUGUGUUUUCAUAGUAUAAAGUUCAUAAAACCUAGUUAUACUUUAUAAAUACAUUUAGACAAAGGAAACACGAGUACAUUUGAAAACACAUUAUUGCUGUAUUUGUGUGAUUUGAAAAUAAGUAAGGGUAGUAUAGGUGGGAAAAAAUAAAUUCUGUUUGAUAUUGCAAAAAAAAAAAGCCUUAAAUGUUUGCUAUAUUUAAAAAUUAUCAAAAAUAUAAUGUGUAUCAAGAAAAUGUGGUUAUAAUUUUAUUAGAAUUUUGAAUAAGGCUUUGAAAAUGUCAGAAAUUCUCAAGUAAGUCAAAUGUUUUAAAAAUAAGUAAAAAAAUACCUUUUAUAGCAACAAUGACUUUAGUAGGUCGAGGGAUAUAGCUUUUCAGGCAAAAGUAAAGAUGUUUCAUGUUUCUCUUGAUGCAUAAGAUAAAAUGCAAAGUCUAAUUUGAGACAUGAUAGUCACAGCCAAGUGUGUGUGUGUGUCAGUUUUGAAGAUGGUAGAAGAACAUACAGUACAGUAAUAAUACCAAAAGGUACUCUAUUUAAACUCAGUUUUUCUAUAACAUUUGGUCAAAAAUACUUAUUAGACAUAUUUCCUUUGUAUUGAAUCAUAAAGUUCCAAAAAACGUUAAGUUUUUAGCACUCGUACUGAAACUUCAUGUACAAAAGAGCAGUUCCUGAAAAGUAAAAAAAUAAGCAUAGGUCUUUUGUUAAACGAAACUUUUUCUAGUACACCAUAUGAACUUUAAUUUGUGAAACAUUUAACUGAGUAAUUGAUCAGUCCCAAAAGGUAAUCGCCAAACGAUUUCAUUCAAGCUAUUGAUUGUGAAAUCUGGUAUAACCUAAAACAUAUAUUACUAUAAUCAAUCAAAAUAUUUCCACCUUAAACUACAAUAUGAUUUUAAUUUUGGAAAAAUUGUGUCUUGUUUAGUAAUAUGAAAUUAAUGAAACUUUAUAAACAAAAUAUUUUUUACUCCUGACCUUACUUUCAAAUGAAUUAGACAAUGGUGAUCUUUAUUUGUUGUUUAGCUUACACAUACACAUGUAAUGAAUUAAAAUUUAGCUUUGAAGCUGCAAUUGAAAUAACUAAGGUACUGUAUACUUCAUUAAGAAUUUCUGGUGAGAAGCACUAAUAAUGAAAGUAAAGAUACAUUUAAUUGGUUCUUCAAACCUGUGAUUAUAAGAGCACAUACAAAAGUUUUAAAUGUGUGUACAUUUCCCAAAAUUGGUGCUGCAGCAUGUAUGUUAUUCUUACUUUUAUAAUUGUUGUUCAUAAUCUUUGUACAUUGAUUUUUAGAUUUUUGGACAUUUUUGUCAGGUGACUGAGUGAGCAGCUGACAGUUUUAUGCUGGUAAUGCUCUUGGUUAUGAUGUUAUAACAACUUAGACUUUUCAGUUGCCUCAUUCCAUGAUCAUUAUUCUGACUUCAUGGAUGUCAGUAACACUGCCUUAGCUUUUCAAAUUUUUAUUCAUCUUUUUAGACUUGUGUUUGUAUUGUUCUGAUUUCAAUAACUGUUUUUUAGUUGGGUGUAAUGUACCUUUGAUGGCAAUAAUUGGACCUUGUAGGUUGAGGUAAUUGUAGUGGUACUUCAUUACAUAGGAGGUAGCAAGUGAAGUAUACACACGAGCUAGAGAUAAUGUUACCACAUUGUUUGUUAUAUUAGUGUUAAAAAUAUGUAAAAUCAAGAUAAUCUGAUUUUUGCCUAUUGAGACAAUGGUGAUGACACUGUACUGCUUACAGUAGUGGUAACAAUAUCAUUCUGUUUGAGGUGGUUAAAAGUAAUGUCUAUUUAACAUGUGGUGGUAAUAGUAUUUAAACAAUUGUGGCAGUAUAUUACAUUCAUAAUACUAUACUAAAAGUUAAGUUAGCUUGAAGUAAUAGUGCUGUUUAUUAUAAAAUGGUUAAAACAUAAUUACAACUAUAAUGGGGGUAUUUCUCUGAGCUGUUUUCCAUACUUCAGUUCACAAAUUUUAUGAAAUCUUUAACACUCACAUUUAUUGAAAUAAAGCAGUUUUAUUAGAUACUAUCUAAAUCAAAAUUGUGUUACUAAUUAUCUGUAAAUUAUUUUUGCAUUAUAAUGCCUAUUAUAUAAUUAGAAAAUUUAUAUCUACAUAUAAAAACUUAAAACCUUACAUUAUUUUAUCAAUUGUUACUUCGUAAUAACGUACAAUUAAGAUUUGCUUCUUCAACAUUCGGGUAUAACUGGAAUAUUUGCACAUUAUUUUUUAAAUCAUAUAAUAGAAAGUGAGAACAGUAUAUUUAUUGAACAGGAUGUUGUGUUUGGUUGGAAAUAUUUUACAUGAUUGGCUUGUAUAUUAAAAUUAGUUUUGUACAUUUCAGAUAAGAUGGGAUUAUGAUAUCUGUAGCUGAUGUCAAAACUCGGGUACCACUUUGUAUACAACAUAUGUUAAUGGUAUUUUGUUUUGUAAAAAGUAUUCUUAGUAAUAUUUGAACACUGCUGAUAAUAGCACAAAUGGUAUAUUACAGAUGCAAUUACCUUCAUAUAAAAUAGACUUUUAAAUAUUAUCAAAUUACUCUUUUUUUUUUCUGUAUCUUGAACUCAUAACAAAUCCAGAAAAAUGAUAAUUUAUAGUUUUUUUCUUUGUCUAUAUUCAGAUAGAUCUGGUAAUAUUUUAAAUUGUAAUAGAAGUUCAAUAUAUAUGUUAAACUAAAUCUUGAUGACUUUACAACAAAGGCAUUUUUUUAUGAACUAUAUUCCUUUUUUUUGUUUCUUCCCAUAAUCGUACUUGUACAGUUAAUUGUUUAAAAUGCAGGUGGUCAAGGAAAAACUUUCCAAUUUAGAUGUACUCUGUGAUAUGAAUUGUCUUUAAAAUCAUAAUGAUAAUAUAAACAGCUUAUUAAACGAGGUUUAACAGCAUAAAUUGAAACAAAAACAUGCUCUUUCUGACAAACAUCUUAGAAUGUUUUGGCCGGUCUUCUGGCAUACUUUUAAAUCUUUAUACAAACUUUUUUUAUUUCUACCAUUAUUCAUAUAAUCCCAACAUAGCUUAAACUUGUGUUUGUUUUUUCAUUCUAUUAAAAGGUAGGUUAUUUCUUCCCAUGAGCAAGAAAAAUUAUUUGGAAGUGGAAGGAUGGGAUGAUGAUCUCCAGUUAAUGAAACCUGAAAUAAUGCUGAGUUACCUGGCAUACCGUUGGAAAAGUUAGAGUAAUUGAAAUGUGCAGUAGAAAAAAAAAAUUAGAAAUUAAAUACCUAUUAAAAAGUUAAGAAUUUAUUUCUCAAAAGAAGAAAGUGGUACAGGUAUGCGAGUUGAAAAACUAAUUAGUGGAAUUAAAAGGGAAAGCUUGCAAGAGAGAGGACAGAACACUGUGAGUAAAUUAAGAUAUUAAAAGAUAGAAGGACCUGUUGAUACUUAAAACGUGUGUCAAAGGUCAGUGUUGAGAAGAAAAA